CUUCUCCAGAGCCAAGCGAAUAGCCGUACCCGCUGCGAUUCCCCGCAUUCUGUAUCCAAUAACCGAACUACUGGACCUAGAGCCCCGGUUGUGACCCCGUACCUGAGAACCACAUGCUAUGAGCAAUUCCUUGGAAACGGGGGUGAUGAAGAAGCGGUCUGGUGGAGUAGCCGUUAGAUGUUGAUUGUCAAGCAAACCAUUUGUACCAGAUUAACCAGGAUCUUCUUAUGCUUCCCCACAUCACCAACCUCGUUCUGCACAAAGCAGUACAAACUUCCCGGAGCUUACCUAGGUAAAUUCGAUUGAACCGACAGCUAAUGUCUUUGUCCCUCAGGUGCCUGGAUUUCUAACCCUUGCAGCUUUGUUUUCGGAGCUAUAAAACAUCAAGCCCCAAGCUACAAGUGACGCCAAGGCAUUAGAGACAAGAACAUUGGCAAGAUGGCGUCCCUUUUGCUUCUAGCUGUUUUAGCGCCAUGUGUGGUUCAAACUUAUAGCGUUAACCAUGAACAACUAUCUAAGCGCGAAGUUCCAGAUCAAGCUCAGAUUAUUAGCUGGAAGUCGUUCAAUGUCUUACCCAACGUUCUCCCACCAACACUAUCCAACGCUUCUACGCUUUUCAUACCACCUGGAUAUGACUUAGAAUCGCUGACGGAUAAACCAUUCCACAUCUACGACGAUGAAUUCUACGAUGUCAUUGGGACAAACCCCACCUUGACACUCAUCGCCAAUGCAGGAACAAAUCCCUUAUUCCACGAAGCUACCGUAUGGUACCCGCCUACGGAUGACAUGUUCUUCGCGCAAAACGCAGGAGUUCCGGCAGCUGGAACUGGCUUAAACAAAUCCAACAUCAUCAUGAAAAUAUCUGUUCCCGAAGCUGCUGCUGUCUCACACCUUCGUAACGCAACAGGGUCUGUGAAAAUCCAAACAGUUGACGCACCUGCGAUAAAGAAUACGAACGGUGGUACAAAUUUCCAAGGUCAGAUCCUGUUCCUAGCAGAGGGACAGGGUGACAACGAGACUUCAAACCUCGUCCUCAUGAAUCCAAGAGAGCCUUAUAACACCACUGUGGUUCUUAACAACUAUUUCGGCCGUCAGUUCAACUCAUUUGACGAUGGAGCCGUUAACCCACGUAACGGGGAAUUAUACUUUACCGAUUCUCUCUAUGGUUAUCUGCAAGACUUCAGACCCGCACCGGGACUCCGACUCCAGAUAUAUAGAUAUAAUGGUGAUACUGGUGCAGUCGCUGCGGUCGCAGAUGGGUAUAGCCUUCUCAAUGGGAUAACAUUUUCUCCAAAUGGUUCAUACGCGUAUGUUACGGAUACCGGAGCCUUUGCGGGUGUAUGGGGUUGGAAUCUCACUAGACCUGCAAGCAUUUAUCGUUACGACGUAAAAGAAGACGGAACGUUCGAAAAUCGCAAGCUCUUCGCCUAUACCGAGUCGGGUGUUGCUGACGGUAUCCACACGGAUAGCAAGGGGAACGUCUAUGGGGGCUGCGGCGACGGUGUACACAUAUGGAACCCGUCCGGAAAACUCAUCGGGAAAAUCUUCCUAGGAAAGACUUCCGCGAACUUCCAGUUCGCUGGCGAGGGAAGAUUGGUUAUCUUGGCAGAGGAAGAACUCUAUUAUGCGACUGUUGCUGUGGGGGGCAGUCAAUACAUCAGUGACGUUUAAUUCUAAUAUCGCCUGACAUGCGUCUGGUUGUUCAAA